AUGGGCGACCAGGUGAUUCGCGUGCCGCGCGCGGCGCUGUGGCGGUGCCUCAAGUGUCCGGUGUGCGGGCAGUUGUGCCGCCACGCCACCACCGUCAUGGAGUGCCUGCACACCUUCUGUCGCGAGUGCAUAGAGGGGGCGUUGGAGGACGGCAGGGAUAACUGCUGCCCCGAAUGCCACGUCAGCCUCGGCCACCAACCCCUGCACGCCCUCAGUGGGUUGGUGUUAUCCUCUCGGAGUUUGGUGUUGCCUCCGACCUCAGUGCUUCCCCUCACUCCACUUGAUUCGCCCAUCGCCCCCCCAUGGCAUCCUCCCCGCCCGCCCACCAUGCCAUGCCAUGCCAUGCCGCGCGCCUGCAGGUACGACCGGCAGCUUGCGGACAUUGAGGAGCGCAUCUUCCCAGAAGUUGCCCUGUACUGCCAGCAGCAGCGGCUGCGGCAACAGGCUGAGGAAGAGGAAGAGGAGGAGGAGGAGGAGGAGGAGGAGGAGGAGGAGGAGGAGGAGGAGGAGGAGGAGGAGGAGGAGGAGGAGGGAGGAGGAGGAGGAGGAGGAGGAGGAGGAGAGAGGGAAGGGCGCGAGAAGGAGCGGGGCGUGGGUGAGGAGGACGAGGUGGCGGCCAUGGCUGGGCAGGCGCGGGAUGGGCAGGGGGAGAGGGGGGCACGGCAGCCGCAGCAGGGCUGGGUGGCACCGGUCGCAGCAGCGGGGGCAGAGGUUUGCGCGCGGGGAGAAGGGGCGAGGCGCCAGAUGCAGGGCAUGGAGCACGGGGGCACAGGCGAACGGCAUGCAGCAGCGGGGAAGCACGCACUGCCUACUGGUGCGGCCCUCCAACUCCCACUCAUGCUACAACUGCUGAACCAGCUGCAGCAGCUGCACAGGCAGUGCGGUGACGUCAUCGAGCAGGCGGGUGUGGAGGGGGGGGCGAUAACGAGGGGGGUGACGGCGGGGGGAGUGGUUGAUGCGGAGCAGGGAGGCAGGGCAAUGGCAGGAAGUCAGGGCGAGCAGCAGCAGCAGCAGCAGGUGGUGGCAGCAGCAGGUGUGGGCAGGUUGAGCAACAGGGGGGCCGGGGAUGGAGAUGACGGGCGUGAGCAGUUGGUAGGGGAAGUGGCACAAGGGGCACUUGGGGAGAGUGCGUGUGGAAGGACGCAGUCUGAUGGGUGGGCAAGAGCAGGGACGGUCACAAUGCAGGGUGAGGCAGUGGAGGAAGGAGGGGGGGCGCUAGUGCGUGCGUGGCGGCACAUAGAGAGAGAGCAGCAGGCAGUGAUGCAGCGACUAAUGGCUGCCGUGCGUGGUGCGCAGGGGGCAGUGAUGAGCGGCGCACACGGCAGUGGUGGCAGGGGAGCAGUGGAGUUGGGGGAUGGUGGGCGGACGCAUAGCAGUGAUAGUCGAGAGGAAUUGAUGAGAGCGGUGGAGGAGGCGUGGCGGAGAGGUGGGCAGGGAGUGGGCGUUGGGGGGGGUGAGAGGCGAAGGAAGGAGGGUGGUAAGGCUGGGAAGUUGCGGGGAGGAACGGGAGGCAGUGCAGGUGAUGGGGGACGAGGGAAGCAUGUGUGUGACGCUGCAGGUGAAUUGGCAGGUGAGUGGCAGCGGGAAGGAGAGGGUGCAGGGGAUGCAAGGGGUCCAGUGAGCGAAGAUGGUGGGUCACAGUGGACGGAGGGGGAAGAAAAGUGUGGGGCGACGAGUAGAGAUGGAUUGGGAGAUGGUGAGGAGCGAGGCGGUGGUGAGGGAAGUGGCUGCGAGGCAGAGAGGCGAGGGCGGGGUGUGGGGGUGGUGGGGGAGGUGCAAUCAGCAGGACCAGAAACUGGGAUGGAUGCGGCGAGUGCAGGCAGAGGCAUGCGGGAGGGGGAGGAAGCAGGGGCCGUGCAGAGCAGUCAUGCAGAGUUGGGCACAGCAGUCCUGCAUGGAGUUGCAGGGGCCAUGGCUGGCGGCAGCUGUGUGUUUGUGUGCGGCACGGACGCAGACGAGAGAGGGGCAGCAGGGGGAGAAGGCGGAGGGCAGGUGCGGAGCAGCAGCGCAGGGAAGAGGGCGAGCGAGGAGGAGGGCGGGGCAGCAGGGCAGAGCAGCGGCCAUGGCAGGCAGGGCAGGGGCAAGCGGCGGCGGGUGGCGCAGGCAGGGGGGAAGUGGGACGGUGACGUGGAGGGGCGGGGGGUGGGAAGAGAGGGGGGCGGUGCAGGUGGGGAGUGUGGCAUGGGUGACGUGGUGGCAGGAGGGCUGCUGCAGGGAGAAAUGCAGGGGCGGUGGGGGGAUGAUGCGAGCCUGGCAGGGGCAGACGGGGCAGACGGGGAGGAGGAGGAGGUGCAGGGCAGCGAGAGGGGCGUGCAUGGCAUUAGAGGAGACCUGGCAGCGGACAGCAGCGGCGAGGGCACGGUGCAUGCCAUGGGUGACGGCGAGGGAGAGGGGAAUGGGGGCCCGCCCCGUGAUGGGGACGCGGAGGUGCUGGUAGCGGGCAUGAGGACGGGCGGAGGGCAAGGCGAGGAGGUGGGACAGAGAGACGCAGAGAAGCGCAUAUCAGUGGGUGAGCAUGUGGAGAGACGGGUGAAGGCAGAAGAAGUGGGGCAGGAGGGCGAGCGGGUGGGGCAGGACAUGCAGGUGCAGGGUGGGGGGGCUGUGGCUGGCGAUGCUGUAGCAGCAGGCGCGGGCAGCGGUGGAGAGGAGGGCGAGGGUGAGGUGCAUGACGUGGGUGGGAGUGCGAGGUCAGAGGGCGGCGACGAUGCGGUAGAGGUGCAUGCAGGGCGGUGCAUGGCGGCAGCAGGCAGGCGCUCGAGGCAGGUGGCAGGCGCACAUGUGGGCGCGGUGGAGCGUGCAGCACACGGGCGUGGCGGCGAGGGCAAGGCACGGUGGGCAAGCAGGGCGGGUGCAGUGCUGGCAGUAGAGAUGGCGGGUGCUGGUGAGCGGUUGAGCGAGCGGGCGAAUGGGAUGGUGAGUGGCAGUGGCGAGGAGGCAGGGGCGCAGGCAGUGGCUGAGAUGCGUGUUGAUUGUGACGGUAUUGUGGCCGUGCAACCACAUGGUGAGCGUGCGGGGGAAAGAGGAGGGGAUGCGCGUGGAGAGAAUGCAUGUGCGGGAGCCAGCAUGGCAGAGGGUGGGAGAGAGGGCAGGCGGUGUGAGAGUGCGGUUGUGCAAGGCAUGUCUUGUGCAUCCCAACAUGCAGAGGGGGCACGUGAGAACACGUUGCAGCAGAACCAGGGAGCGCACAGGCAGGCAGGGGAACACAGUGGGGAGGGUGAAGCCUGUGAAGCAACAGGUGGCAGUGGUGGGCGGGGUGGAAGAGACGCCGUGGAAACCUCAGGGGGGAGCGCUGGUGGUGGUGAGGGGCUUGAAGGGCGGCAUGCCGCACAGGUGCAGCAGUGUGAGGCAGAGGGGGUGACAGUGGGUGACACUGGGGAGCAAAAGAUAGAGAGAGGGGGGAAAGUGGGCAAGCGGGAGGUAGACGAGUUGGAGGGAGGGCAGGGUAGGCCGGUGGACAAGGCACAUCGGUGCACGGAGGAUGUGGCUAGGGUACAGGGAAAAGGGAGUAGACAAGGGGAGAGGAAGGAGAAAGUGGAAUCGCGAAGCAGCAGCGAGGAGUGCGUGGGUGUGGCGGCUUGUGGUGUGGGUGGCAGGGAAGGGCGGGAUGGGACACAGGGUGGAGGCAGCAUGGCAUCGUUCCCGCCUCCACCGCUGCGCAUCCCACCGCCCUGUAUCACACCACGCAUGGCAUUGCCGUUCUGCCCGCUACUACUGAUGCUUCCCUAA